GCAAGACUCUGUCUCAAGAAAAAAAAAAAAAAAAAAGAAAAGAAAAGGCUCUCCCUGUUAUACCAGACUGCUGGCUUCUUGGCUUCUUCUUGACUUCAUGGUUUUUCCUUUUUGAGAAUUCCUAGCACAUAUCCUUUGGGGAUCAUGUUUUCACCCAGCACAGUGUAUAUACUGGGUGAAUUAUCAUCAGGCACUAUGGGCCUAGGAUUUUACAGUUUUCAAAGCUUCUGCAUUUCUUUCAUUUUCCAUUUUUUCUUCUUCUAGUCCUUACCAGGAUAGUCUAAGCACUUCGGAGGGGCUUCCUGAAAGAAGCUUCAACAUUCACUUUUGAGAGAUGACUUCCUCUCCCUUCUCCACAGCCCAAUACUGUUGGCCAUUUUAUCAUUGGAAACUACAGAGGGAUAGCAAGAGGAAUUUUCUGGCUCUCUUAUUAUUUGAUGGUGGAGUAGGGGAGGAAAUCACUGAGUCACUGGAGCACAGUGUUAUAACUUAGAAAGGGUUUAAACUGGGACUAAGAGCCUUGGUUUCUAGUCCCAGCCCUGUUACAGACUAGGAUAUGGGGACAACCAUAUCUGCUUUUGGGGUUUCAGUUCCUCUAGUGUAAAGUGAGGAACACUGAUUAGAUACUGUCUCAAGUUCCUUUCAAGUGCUCAGAUUUUCUGAAUAGAGAAGAAGCUCGAAGUAACUUAUAUUCUAUCUUUACCCCUUGUUCCUAGGAAUUAUGGAUCACAUCAAUCAUACCUGGAUCCAGAGCUUUAUCCUUACUGGUUUCACUACCACUGGGACCCUACAACCUCUUGCCUUCUUGGGGACCCUGUGCAUCUAUCUCCUCACUCUUGCAGGGAACAUUCUCAUCAUUGUCCUGGUACAGUUAGAUUCUGGGUUGUCCACGCCCAUGUACUUCUUUAUCAGUGUCCUCUCUUUUGUAGAGAUGUGGUAUGUCAGCACCACAGUGCCCACGCUGCUGCAUACCUUGCUCCGUGGGUGUUCACCCAUCUUACCAGCUGUAUGCUUUAUUCAGCUGUAUGUCUUUCAUUCCUUAGGCAUGACUGAGUGCCACCUGUUGGGUGUCAUGGCACUGGAUCGCUACCUUGCCAUCUGCCACCCACUCCACUACCAUGGACUCAUGAGCAGACAGGUACAGUUACGACUAGCUGGAGCCACUUGGGUGGCUGGCUUCUCGGCUGCACUUGUGCCAGCCACCCUCACUGCCACUCUACCCUUCUGCUUGAAAGAGGUGGCCCAUUACUUUUGUGACUUGGCACCACUAAUGCGGCUGGCAUGUGUGGACACAAGCUGGCAUGCUAGAGCCCAUGGCGCAGUGAUUGGUGUGGCCACUGGUUGCAACUUUGUGGUCAUUUUGGGGCUCUAUGGAGGUAUCCUGAAUGCUGUGCUGAAGCUACCCUCAGCUGCCAGUCGUGCCAAGGCCUUCUCUACUUGUUCCUCCCACGUGACUGUGGUGGCACUAUUCUAUGCUUCUGCCUUCACAGUAUAUGUGGGCUCACCUGGAAGUCGACCUGAGGGCACAGACGAGCUUAUUGCCUUGGUGUAUGCCCUUGUUACCCCUUUCCUCAAUCCUAUCAUCUAUAGCCUUCGCAACAAGGAGGUAAAGGAGGCUUUUAGAAGGGUCAUUGACAGGAUUAGAACAUUUUAAAGGAACCUCAAUGAUCUAAUUUGUCAUAGCCCAGCUUGUUGGUAAUUGUGAGAAUCAGCUGGAUGGUUUGUGAAUCAUGUGUUCAGAGUCAAAGAAAACACCAGUACAGAAAUCAAAUAGAUCUGUAGUCAAGUGUGCUGCACACACCGUGCCUGAAUUGGUCAAAGUUGGAAGAUGUAAAGAGAAGGGGGUUAUGGCCUCUGAUUAUCCCAUACUAAUGGGAAAGAAGUGCCACAAAGGGAGAAAAAACGGGGAUGUAAAACAAGUGGUUCAACUGUAUUUAUGACUUAGAGAGACAGUGCAAUACUGAAAGAAAGAAAGAAGACAAACUAAAGCUAGGAGUGGCAGGUUGAGUCAAGAUAAAAUUCCUAGAGAAAGGUAAGAAGGUGGAAAACUAGGUUGUCAAAAAGAAGUCUAAAAUUUUAGCUUGUAUAAAGUUGCAGAUGUGGAUCACUGAGCCAUGAGCAGAAUGCUUAUCAGUUUGUGGCAUCCAGGGACUCUGGAUUAUUAUGUGACCAAAGGUAACUUGAUGGAGAAAAAAACUGAAGUCCUGAUCACAAUUCUUUUCUCUUUCCAGCUCCUCUAUUGCUUCCUCUGCUGAGCAGAGUAAUCCCCCAUUCCUUAAUGGUGUGUGAACUGGGGAACAUGUACCUGCUAGAGUAUGGCAUACAAAUUAGUGAGAAAAAUAGGACCAGACCUUGGCAGAGACUAAGUAUUGGCUAAUCUUGAAUACUUUUUCGUUUUCUUCAUUCUUACAGAUCUUAUUGCUUUAUUUUCUGUAUGUUUAUACUAUGCCAGAAAUAGUGACAGUUGCCUUCAUUUUUCAAAAAUUUAAUCUUUAUAAUAUCCCUCUGAAGAAGGAAAAACAUCCCAAUAUUUACAUAACAAAAUUAGGAAGAUUACUGAAUUUUCAGUAAAGAGAGACAAAUUUAACCCUAAAUCAACUUCAGCUGACCAAGUGACCCUCCUCAGCCUCUUUCUCUCUGUCUGUAAAAUGAAAGGCUGGCAGUAGAUGAGUACUCACAUUUCUCUCAGCUUAGGGAGUUUCAAUUCUAUGCUUAUAGCACUUCUUAAGGAAAGCAGGACCUGAACUAGGUCCAGAUGCACAAGAUCUGAAUUUCCAGAGCGGAGAUGGAAAGGUGUUGCUACAAAUUCAGGUGUUGCCAUUUUUGCCUCUGUGAUUCUGGGCAGAAAACAUAAGCUCUCUCUGAUGCCAGAUUUGUUUUCCCUUAAAAAAAUCGACAUCAAAGUGUUCCAAAGUUAAAUAACACAUAGUAAGUAUUUCAUAAACAAGUUAGUCUCAGCAUCCCAGAAUCAGGACAGGGUUAUAGCGUGGACUUUGAAACCUAUCUGCCUGUGUUCACACAUCAAUUCCACCAUUACUUGCUGUGUGAUCAUGUGAGGUACACUACCUCUACCUCAGUUUCCUUACAUGCAAAAUGGGGAAAUAA